GCCCCGGUGCCAUGAACAGCCAUGUACCGCCUGGCCCGGCUGUGUCCCCGCCUGGGUCCCCACAGCCCGCCGGGCCCCGCCGGGCCCCGGGCCCUCCGCCCCGCCUGGGCCGCGCUCCGGCCGGUGCCGACCCCGAUCCCCAUCCCGAUCCCCAUCCCGAUCCCCCGGGGAUGCGCCGCGGGCAGCUCCGCCAAGGAUGCACGUGAACCCCCCAAAUACACAGCCACUGAUCCCAGUGGUGAGAACAAGAAACUCAACAAAUCCCAGCAGCUGAAACAAGUUUUUAAAGAAUAUGGUGCUGUAGGGGUUUCAUUCCAUGUUGGAAUUUCAUUAGUAUCUCUAGGAAUCUUCUACCUGGCUGUGUCAAGUGGUGUGGAUAUGACUGCAAUUCUCCUCAAGCUUGGUUUCAGUGAAUCCUCCCUGCAGUCCAGGAUGGCUGCAGGCACCAGCACCUUUGUCCUGGCCUAUGCUGUGCACAAGUUGUUUGCUCCGGUCAGGAUCAGCAUCACGGUGGUUUCUGUGCCCUUUGUUGUCCGGUACUGCCGCAAAAUCGGGUUCUUCAAACCUCCUGCCUCCAACCCAUGAUGAUUUGUCACUGCAUUUUGGUUUUUAAAUGCUCCCUGUCCACAAAGUUUCUUUAAAAGACUUCCUUAGAUUCUGUGUUCAUGCUGACCUCACCUUGCAUUUCUGACUUGUUCUUUCAGGUAAAUGUCACUGUGAAAAAUGCUGUCCUUACCUUCUUUCCCUUUUGCCACCUCUCCUUUGGAAAAACCUGUUAAAGUGGUGUCUGGUUUCCACUGCAAGGGGUAGUAUAAAUGCUUUACAACAAGCAGUCUCUUAACACACAGGCUUUAUAACCUUGCUUUUUGGGCCUUAAUUUUUUUUCCCUGUGAAAGCUGAGUCGCAGCAUUAGUUCGUUAUUGUGUAGCUGAGAAACAGUAAGAUCCUCUUUCCAGUAGAAUAAUAUCCUACUACACAGGUGGUUCUUUUGGUAAGGGUUUAUAUUGGAAUCUAAAGUGGCAAGUGGGCGUUUCUUUUGUUAGAAAAGGGUUUUAUUAUGGCGUGACUUGCAGUACAACACAUACGCUGAACUAACUUUAGUGGGAGUACACCUAUGAUUAAUUAUUGCAGUGAUGCACUGGUCUGAAACUAGAGCUACAUUGUGUAGUGCUUCCAUAAUCCAAGAUUUUAUUUUUUGAAAAUGUGUUUUAUUUAUAGGCUGGGAGCUGAUCUUACUGAACUCCUUUAUUUUAAUUUUUGUUAUGCCUAUAGACUCAGAAGGAAUUUUGAGUCUACUGAAAUCAGUGUAACCAGAAUUACCUCCUGUGUGAACAUACCCCAAAGAGAAUCACAUCAGGGACAGGCUGUGGUGGUUUAAUGUCUUAAGAUCUGGCUUUGUACUGGAAACACAUUCUUAUCUUAAAAUUAACCCAAGCAGUUUCUACUCCUGUGGAAGAGUUUUAAACCUGCACCCGAAGUCCAGACAUUCCAAUUCAUAGCUUCUGAGGAACAAUUCCUGUUUUUGAAAGAGACUGGUGAAUGUAGCAAGUAGAGCUGUUUUUCCUUUCCUUAAUAGGACACUUCCAUUAGAAUGUAGGUACACAUGUGCAUUUUCACAUUCCACCCUCCAGCUAACCUAGAGACUGAAUCCCAAAACUGAGGGUACUGGGGGAUUUGAGGCUUAGAAUUGUGCUGCUCUGAGAGCAGCCUGAGCCAGAUCUGUGAGGUUUUAGACCUGUUCCUCCUUCCAGGUCAGCUCUUCUCAGCUUGUCUUUGUCCUUACACUGGCCCCAAGGAGGCUUUUCCAGAGCUGCCCAUCGAGGAAUUUGAUUAAAGUAAGAGGAAGUGACCGUGGUGAUCAAUUUUUUUUUCUGAAAUUUAGCGAUUAAUGGGAAGGAAUUAUGAGAUGAGGAUGAGAGUUGGCUGAGGGAGGGAAAGAGCAAAUAACUUCUUGUUAUGAGCAGCCUUUUGCCAUAAAAUUAAAUUGCACCUUAACUCUUUCCUCACAAAGAAAGUUGAAUCCAGAGGCAGGUUGGAUACACUGAAGCUUCCCAGACUCCAUCUGUACCAGGAUAAUAACAGAAUUCCAGAAUAAGUACAAGGCAGCCUUGUUUUCUUCAUUUAGAAUCAGUUCUGAUAAGUCUGUUUCAUCCUAAACUUGAUGGAGAAGGAAUAGUCAAAGCUUGUUCUUUGUCAAAGUCACAGCUAAAGCUGGAAUCAUUUAAGGCAAAUGCACCUAAAAGUCAUUAGAAGGCACCAGCACUAAACUGGAGUUUUCUUGCUGUAAAAAGAUCUUCAUAUAAAUUAUGACCAAAAUUCAGAUUACUUAAGAUAAAGAUGGUUGUAUAAACUACUGGUAAUUUGUUUAGAUGACGUAGGUUUUUUGCAAAUUAUGUGUUUUAAAUUGAGAAUAUAUUUUGAAGUGCACCUUGCAUCAAACCCACGUGUAGCUGGAUUUCAAGUAUAUUAAAUAUUCCACAAGCUCCAGCUAGAACUUUAUGUUGCAAUUAGAGUGUAAGACAACAGCCAAGUAACAAUAAGAGAAUUCCAGAAUAAGUAUGAGGCAGCCUUUCUUGUUUAGAAUCAGUUCUGAUAAGUCUGUUUUGCCCUAAACUUGAUAGAACAACCUUUGACUAUUCUCUUUCUCAAAAUAAUGUAUAAAGCUGGAAUAAUUUAAAGCAAAUGUACCUAGAAGUCCAGCACUAGAGUUUUCUUGCUGUAAAAAGAAACAGCUUCAUAUAAAUUAUGACCAGAAUGCAGAUUACUUAAGAUAAAGAGGGUUGUAUAAACUACUGGCAAUUUGUUUAGAUGAAGUGGUUUUUUGGCAAAGUAUAUUUUAAAUUAAUUUGAGAAUAUAUUUUGAAUUCUAGAAUCCUUGCUUGUAAAAGGAUCAUUUUUUAAAGUUGUUUGUAAAAUAGUGAAGAUGACAUUGAAGUCUUAUAAUGAAAAUACAAUAAAUUGCUUUGUCUUA